AUCAAUCGAGGACAAUAUUUAACCUGAGCUGAUAUUGUCCUGUAUCAUGGCCUGGAUAGCAUUACCAAAGACGAAAGAUCAGUUAAAGGAGAGAAACCUGAAAUUACGCAAAGAAUUAGACGACCUACGACGACAGUAUGAGGAUAAUGUGUACAGUGUUAUAGAGAAUCUGAAGAGACAGUAUUAUCGAACAAAAACGGACCCCUGUCGCUAUGAAAUACUGAAAGAAAUCAUUAAAGAAGCAACGAGUGAUGAGAAUUUAGAACAAAGUGACGUUGUUCCAGGGCAAGGUAAAAACAGUUUUGUCUUGUAUGAUAUUUCACUACCGUGGAUUGCAUCAAAGGACUUCUUGAAUGAAAUGUGGAGAUAA